AUGGCAGCAUUACAACCAGGGUCGUAUGCGUUUAAAUCAGACCAGAACAAGAAAUACUUGCGCUACCAACACGAAAUCAACAACCUGCAGCAUGUUCUCCAAUUCUCUGGAGAGGAUGUUGCGAGCCAAUACGCAAAGUUCCAAGUGGAGGAGGACGAACAGAACCCCGGUCUGGUGCAUAUAAAAUCCUCCUUCAACAACAAAUACUGGAGGAGGGCAGAAGCAAGCAGUUCGUGGAUUGUGGCCGAGGCUGACAAGCAAGAGAGAGAACAAAACCAGUGGUCAUGUACACUCUUCAAGCCUGAGGUAGUCCAACUCACACCAGAUAGCGGCAACAACACCAUCGGCGUAUUCCGAUUAGUGCACAAGCAACUCGGACACUUUAUAGAGCCAUUCUCUGCAAACGGAUUUAAUUCAGUCCUCUACGCAGGCCGAGAAACCCAACCCGACAACCGAAACGUUUUCUUCAUUGUCGAAAAGCUUACAGGAUGA